GAGGCGCCGCCGGGCACCGCAAGACCAACAUGGCAGCGGUGCCGGGACAGGCAGUACGUUCCCGCAGGCGAUCGGGGCGAUGACAGCCGCCACUGCGCCCGACCCUCCCCGCCGCCACGAUGCUCGGCAUGUACGUCCCCGAUAGAUUCUCCCUCAAGUCGUCCAAAGUGCAAGAGGGGAUCGGCCUGUAUACUGCCAGACGAGUGAAAAAGGGUGAAAAGUUUGGGCCGUUUGCUGGAGAGAAAAGAAUGCCUCAUGAACUGGAUGAAAGCAUGGAUCCAAGGCUGAUGUGGGAGGUACGUGGAAAUAAGGGAGAAGUUUUAUACAUUCUGGAUGCCAGCAAUCCUCGGCAUUCAAAUUGGCUGCGCUUUGUCCAUCAGGCCCCAACACAAGAAGUGAAAAAUCUGGCUGCAAUUCAGGAGGGCGAAAACAUUUUUUAUUUGGCUGUGGAUGACAUAGAAACAGACACGGAAUUACUGAUUGGUUACCUAGAUAGUGAGAUGGAGGAGCUAGAGGAAGAGGAGGAAGAGAAAAUAGUCAACAAAGAGGAUGAAGAAAAUCCUAAAGAUAUUCAAACAUCUGGUGACAAAGAUCUGUUGGGUAAUAAAGAAGGUUACAGUUGCCCACAAUGUGAGAGCUGUUUCCGGAGCCAGGACAUUUUGGCAGAGCACCUUCAGUCUCUACACCAGAAGCCCAGUGAAGAAAAGGAAUUCAAAUGUAGGAAUUGUGGCAAGAAGUUCCCCAUUAAACAGGCCUUGCAGAGACAUGUUCUACAGUGUACUGAAAAUGUCCUUCCCGAUGACAGCUCUCGAAGCUUUCAAUGUUCUGUCUGCAGCAUCUCCUUCAGCUCUGAGUCCAGUUUUGAACAGCAUAAGGAAGCAUGCAAAGAGGAUGCCAGGUUUGUUUGCAAGGCUGACAGCUGUGGAAAAAGGUUCAAGAGCAAAGAUGCCUUAAAGAAGCAUAAGGAGAAUGUGCACACAGGAAACUCGCGGAGGAGAUUUAUGUGCUCUGUGUGUAACAAGAAGUGUUCUUCGGCUGCAACUCUACAGGAGCAUCGAAAGAUUCAUGAAGUCUUCAACUGCCAGGAGUGUGACAAAAAAUUUAUAUCAGCAAACCAGUUGAAACGCCAUAUGAUUACCCAUUCAGAGAAACGCCCUUACACCUGUGAGGUCUGCAGUAAGUCUUUCAAACGUCUAGAUCAAGUAACUGCGCAUAAAAUUAUCCAUAGUGAGGAUAAGCCAUACAAAUGCAAACUUUGUGGAAAAGGCUUUGCUCACAGAAAUGUAUACAAGAACCAUAAGAAGCACAAGGACCUGGGGAAGCUCUGCAUAUCGACACACUCAGAAGAGAGACCAUUCCAAUGUGAGGAAUGUAAGGCUUUGUUUCGAACUCCCUUCUCCCUGCAGAGACAUCUACUGAUUCACAACAGUGAACGCACCUUCAAAUGUGAUCACUGUGAUGCAACGUUCAAGAGGAAGGAUACAUUGAACGUCCACAUUCAAGUGGUGCAUGACGGGCACAAGAAAUACAAAUGCGAUCUGUGUGACAAGGCCUUUGUCACCCCCUCUGUGCUGAAGAGUCAUAAAAAGACACAUACUGGAGAGAAAGAGAAGAUUUGCCCAUACUGUGGACAGAAAUUUGCCAGCAAUGGAACGUUGCGUGUACACAUUCGAAGCCACACAGGUGAGCGCCCGUACCAAUGUCCCUACUGUGACAAAGCUUUCAGCAAGAAUGAUGGAUUAAAAAUGCACAUUAGAACACACACACGGGAAAAGCCUUACCAGUGCUCGGAAUGCAACAAAGCUUUUAGUCAGAAAAGGGGUCUAGAUGAACAUAUGAGGACUCACACAGGAGAAAAACCAUUCCAGUGUGAUGUCUGCGAUUUAUCAUUCAGCUUAAAAAAAAUGCUGAUUAGGCACAAACUGACACACAACCCAAAUCGACCGAUGGCAGAAUGCCAACUCUGUCACAAGAAGUUCACAAGAAAUGACUACCUCAAGGUUCAUAUGGAAAAUGUGCACGGAGAGACAGAUAGCUGAAGCUUCACAUUCCAUCGGAGAGCUUCAGGAUUCCUGGAGCUCCGACAAUUGUUCCAUGCUGCGGUUGACUGCAAGUGUCAGUAGCAUUGGAAUGCUUUACCUGCCUGAAAUGGAUAAUUUACAAAGAAAUGAUUUGUAUUUUUCAACAGCUAAUAUGUUUUGUUUUAUUGAAAAUGACAGCCUGCUGUGAAUGAGGGAAUAUUGAUUUCAAACGUUCAGGAUUCAUGACCUCUGCAAUCAGUGACUCUGCUGUGGUUGUUAGAGAAUUUAUUCAGAAACACAGCAAGAUCUACUUGUUACUUUCUACCAGUCAUUUUGAUCAUCAUUAUCUAGAUUCAGACACUCCGUCGUCGUUAAUCCUCAUAUUGUCACCAGUACCAAAGAAUUCAUUUUGCCCUCUGAUCCUGAAAAGCUUUUCAUACCCAUAAUGAUACUAUUUAUGUCACAUCAGCAUGUAUUAUUACUAUAAUGAUUUGCAAUUUACACAUGCUAGGCAUUUUUAAAAAUAAUAAAUAUGUGAAUUGUAUUACUGCUUUACUUGCUUUUCUCUUACUUUUUCUGUAUGUUUAGGCACAAUUUUAUAUUAUGUAUUACCUCUCAACUUCAUUUUAACUGUAACUUGACAUUUUUGUUUCACCUAGGUUUGACACUGAAACUGAACUUUGUUGGUCCAAAAUCUUAAUAUUAUUUUUUGCUUGACUAAACACAGUAGCAAAAUUCAGCUAAACAGGAACUCCUUUCUAGUUAGUUUACCCAACUCUGACCUUGGUGAUCAGAUCAAAUUCUGAUCAUAGUUUUAGACAGCAUUUGGAAAGUAGAAGUGGCUGUGAAAUUUUAUCAUGUGAUUAUUGUACCAUUUUAAUCAAGAAGCAUUAGAGCAUAUUGAAUAGGUUGAUAUCACACAGCUGCAAACAAAAGAAAACUGAGAGCUGGAAAUUACAACUAUGUUUUGCCAAUCUCAGCUACUGUCUCUGGGAGAAUGCACUGUGAUUUAUGACCUUAUGUACAAGUAUAAUGUAGACUUUUUUUAAUUUAAAAAGUGAUGGCUGGUGUCAUCGGUCAAGUUCUGUAAACUAAAGACAUUUCCGACCCAUCCCCCACCAUCACUGGACCUCACUGGAAUUGCUUCAACGUCGAAGUUAUCCUGUCAGUGCUGGGGCUACUGUGCUUCAUGGAGAAUAUCCAUCACCUCCUUAUCCAUACAACAAAGGCUGGACCAUAAGUCCUGAUUUGCAUCUCAAGCAGAAGUGACAAGGAUUCCUGUAGAUCUUUAAGGGUGUAAAAUGCCAGUGUAUGAAAUCACUGUACAAAUGUUUAAAAAAGCUAUUAUUAUCAGGAUUAUGUAAUAAUCAUGCACCAAUUUACAGUAGUAAAACAAGAAUAUGUGUCUGGUAUUCUUUAUACUGAUACUGUAAGUAGGUUUAUUACUGGUCCAUGAACUAAGGCACAGUGAAAAGCUUGUCUUAAGUACUGUUCGUGCAGGUCAGUUCAUUAGAACAGUGUGUUGAGAUACCAUGAAGUAAAACAGUCUCAGAAUGCAGAAAAAUGUGCUAUAGUUACAGAGAGUGUAGUGCUGUAAGGCGCAAGGUCAUAAGAGGCAGAUUGAGAGGUCAAGAAUCAAUCUUAUCAUACUAAGAAGCUGUUCCGUAGUCCUAUACCAGUGGGAUUGAAGCUGUCCUUGAGCCUGGCCAUACUUGUAUCUUCUGCCCAAUGGUUGGGGCAGAAGAGAGAGUAUCUGGGGAGGGUGAGGUUUUCAUUAUCCUGAGGCAGUGAGAAGUAUAGGCAGAGUAAAUGCAGGGAUGGCAAUUUCCAGGAUGUGCAGAGUCAUGUCCACAACUCUCUAACAAGAGAAAAUCUACAGAUGCUGGAAAUCCAAGCAACACGCACAAAAUGCUGGAGGAACUCAGCAGGCCAGGCAGCAUCUCUGGAAAAGAGUAGAGUUGAUGUUUUGGAUUGAGAUCCUCCAUCAGAACUAGAGAAAAAGGUCAGAGAGUCUGAGGAGAAGAAGAAAUACAAGGUAGUAGGUGAAACAGGGGGGAGGGAUGGUGAAGUAAAGAGCCAGGAAACUUAUUGGUGGAGAAGGGGGAGUCUGAUAGGAGAGGACAGAAAUCCAUAAAGCAAAGAAAGGGGGAGAGGAGCACCAGAGGGAGGUGAUGGGUGGGUAAGGAGACGAGGUGAGAGAGGGAAAUGGGAAUGGUGAAGGGGGGGAAUCCAUUACGUAAAGUUCAAGAAAUUGAUGUUCAUGCCAUCUGGUUGGAAGCUACCCAGAUGGAAUAUAAGGUGUUGCUCCUCCAGCCUGAGUGUGACCUCAUCGCGGUAGUAGAAGAGUCCAUGGACUCGUAUAUCAGAAAGUGAAUGGGAAGUAGAAUUGAAAUUAAUGGCCACUGGGAGAUACAGUAUUUUCUGACAGAUGGAGCAUAGGUGCUCAGCAAAGCUGUCUCCCAACCUAUGUUGGAUCUCACAAAUAUACAGGAGGCCACACUGGGAGCACCGGAUAUAGUAGAUGUCUCCAACAGACUCUCAGGUGAGGUGUUGCCUCACCUGGAAGGUCUGAGGCCCUGAAUGGUGGUGAGGGAGGAGGUGUGGAGGCAGGUGUAGCACUUGUUCAGCUUGUAAAGAUUUGUGCCAGGAGGGAGAUCAGUGGGGAGGGACAAAUGAACAGGAGAGACGCGUAGUAAGCGAUCCCUGUGGAAAGCAGUAAGUGGGGGGAAAGGAAAGAUUUUGGCACAGCCAAGAAAGGCCAAAAGGCCUGUUUCUGUGUUGUAAUGUUCUAUGGUUCUAUGUGCUUGGUGGUAGAAUUCCGCUGGAGAUGGUGGAAAUUACAGAGAAUUAUGUGCUGGGUGCAGAGGCUGUUAGGGUCGUAGGUGAGGACAAGAGGAACCCUAUCCCUGGUGGGGGGGGGCAAGACGAUGAAAUGAGGGCAGACAAGCGUGAAAUGAAAGAGAUGCAGGUAAGGGCAGCAUUGAUGGUGGAGGAAGUGAAGCUCCUUUCCUUGCAGGAGGAGGACACAUUCAUAAUUCUGGAAUGAAAAUCUCAUCCUGUGAGAAUCAGUGGGUUUAUGAAAGAUUUCAGUAGAUAAGCCGUCUCCAGAGGUCGAGACAGAGAGAUCCAGAAAGGAGAGGGAGGUGUCGGAAAUGGACCAGGUAAAUCUAAGGGCAGGGUGGAAGUUGGAGGCAAAGUUGAAGUGGAUGAGCUUGGCGUGGGUGCAGAAAGCAUCACCAAUGCAGUCGUUGCAGUGGCAUAGCAAAAGUGGAGUGAUACCAGUGUAGACUUGGAACAUAGACUGUUCCAUGUACCUGACAAAUGGGCAGACAUAGCUGGGACCUAUGCGAGUGCUAUGGCUACACCUUUUGCUUGAAGGAAGUGGAGGAGCUGAAAGAGUAAGAGCCAGUUCCACCAGACAGAGGAGAGUGGUGGUGGAGGGGAACUGGUUAAGUCUGGUGUCCAGAAAGAAAUGGAGAGCUUUAAGGCCUUCCUGAUGGGGAUGGACAUGUAUAAUAGUGAAAAUAAGAUGAUCGGGGAACCUGAAAUUGAAAAGAUCAAGAGCAUGUGACAUCUCACAGAAAGGGACUGAUCCAGAGGGGUAAAACUGAGUCGAGGUACGCAGAUAUAAGUUCCGUGGGGCAGGAACAAUGGGUCUACCAGGACAGGCAGAUUUGUGAAUUUGGGUAGGAAGUAGAAAAGGGAGGUGCAGGGUGAAGGAACUAUUAGGUUGGUGGUAGUGGAUGAGAGAUCCCCAGAGUUAUUAAGGUUGGUGAUGGCCUGGCAUUCCUUAAUGGGGUCCUGUUCGAGGGGUAAGUAAGAGGAGAUGUAUGAGAGUUGGCGCUGGGCCUCAGCAUGGUGGAGGUCAAUAUGCCACACUAUUAUAGCACCUCCCUUAUCUGCAGGUUUGGUGUUGAGGCGGUUUGAUGACGGAUGAAGGGGUCAUCGGUGAGGGCUGGAGAGUCCUUGCCAAAGAAGUAGGCACAGAGACAGAGGCAAUGGAAGAAGAGAACUCUCUUCAGUGAAGUCUCUCUCCACAACCCUCUGCAGUUUCUUGUAGCCACAGACAGAACAGUUGUCAUACCAAGCCGUGAUGCAUUCUGGUAGGAUGCUUCUUAUGUUGCAUUGAUAAAACUUGGUGAGUGUCACAGGGAGGGUGCCAAAUUUCCUUCUUUUCAUAUCAGAUUGAUAUCUAAUAUUCAUUCAUGCCAUUUAUUGUUAUAGUUAAGAUAAUUUUAAUUUGUGAGAAUUCUGUUAAACAAAUGGAAUUGCUAUUCAUAUAUUCUGGCAUGUAAUGUAUAUUUUCACAUUCUUUUGCUGGGUGUUACCUCCAGUCCUUGUGGAUAAA